AUGGCAGAGGAGGGGGCGGUGGCGGUCUGCGUGCGAGUCCGCCCGCUCAACAGCAGAGAAGAAGCACUUGGAGAAACUGCACAAGUUUUUUGGAAAACUGACAAUAAUGCCAUUUAUCAAGUUGAUGGAAGUAAAUCCUUCAAUUUUGAUCGUGUCUUUCAUAGUAAUGAAACAACUAAAAAUGUCUAUGAAGAAAUAGCAGCACCAAUCAUUGAUUCUGCCAUUCAAGGCUACAAUGGGACUAUAUUUGCCUACGGGCAGACUGCUUCAGGAAAAACAUACACUAUGAUGGGUUCGGAAGAUUAUUUGGGAGUUAUUCCCAGGGCAAUUCAUGACAUUUUCCAAAAAAUUAAGAAGUUUCCUGAUAGGGAAUUUCUCUUGCGUGUGUCUUACAUGGAAAUAUACAAUGAAACUAUUACAGAUUUAUUCUGUGGCACACAAAAAAUGAAACCUUUAGUAAUUCGAGAAGAUGUCAAUAGGAAUGUAUAUGUUGCUGAUCUCACAGAAGAAGUGGUUUAUACAUCAGAAAUGGCUUUGAAAUGGAUAACAAAGGGAGAAAAGAAUAGACAUUAUGGAAUAACAAAAAUGAAUCAGAGAAGCAGUCGUUCUCAUACCAUUUUUAGGAUGAUUUUGGAAAGCAGAGAGAAGGGUGAGCCUUCUAAUUGUGAAGGAUCCGUCAAAGUUUCCCAUUUGAAUUUGGUUGACCUUGCAGGCAGUGAAAGAGCGGCUCAAACAGGAGCUGAAGGUGUACGACUCAAGGAAGGCUGUAAUAUAAAUCGAAGCUUAUUUAUUUUGGGACAAGUAAUCAAGAAACUGAGUGAUGGACAAGUUGGCGGUUUCAUAAAUUAUCGAGAUAGCAAAUUAACACGAAUUCUCCAGAAUUCCCUGGGAGGGAACGCAAAAACACGGAUUAUCUGCACAGUUACUCCGGUGUCCUUUGAUGAAACCCUUACAACUCUUCAGUUUGCCAGCACUGCUAAGUACAUGAAGAAUACGCCUUAUGUUAAUGAGGUAUCAAGUGAUGAAGCUCUGCUGAAGAGAUACAGAAAAGAAAUAAUGGAUCUUAAAAAGCAACUGGAGGAGGUUUCUUCAGAGACUCGAGCCCAGGCAAUGGAGAAAGACCAAUUAGCCCAACUUUUGGAAGAAAAAGAUUUGCUUCAAAAAGUACAGAAUGAGAAAAUUGAAAACUUAACACGAAUGCUAGUAACCUCUUCUUCCCUCACAUCACAACAGGAAUUAAAGACCAAAAGAAAACGAAGAGUUACUUGGUGCCCUGGCAAAAUUAACAAAAUGAAGGACUCAAACUAUACAGAUGGAUUUAGAAUACCAACAACUGUAACAAUAAAAACACACAAGCCUUCUGUAACUGUAUUAGGAGAAAUUGAUGAAUCUCUCUGUUCAGAGUCCGAUACUUUUAGUAACACCCUUGAUACAUUAACUGAGAUAGAAUGGAAUCCAGCAACAAAGCUACUAAAUCAGGAAAAUGUAGAAAGUGAGUUGAACUCACUUCGUGCAAACUACGAUAAUCUGGUAUUAGACUAUGAACAACUAAGAACAGAAAAAGAAGAAAUAGAAUUGAAAUUAAAAGAAAAGAAUGAUUUGGAUGAAUUUGAGGCUCUAGAAAGGAAAACUAAAAAAGAUCAAGAGAUGCAACUAAUUCAUGAAAUUUCCAACUUAAAGAAUUUAGUUAAACAUGCAGAAGUAUAUAACCAAGACCUUGAGAAUGAACUAAGCUCUAAAGUAGACCUACUUAAAGAAAAGGAAGACCAGAUUAAGAAGCUACAGGAAUAUAUAGAUUCUCAAAAGUCAGAAAAUAUGAAAAUGGAUUUGUCAUACUCAUUGGAAAACACUGAAGACCUAAAACAGAUAAAACAAACUCUGUUCGAUACUGAAACUGUAGCCCUUGAUGCCAAGAGAGAAUCAGCUUUUCUUAGAAGUGAAAAUAUAGAACUGAAAGAGAAAAUGAAAGAGCUUACAGGUACAUGCAAGCAAAUGGAAAAUGAUACUCGGUUAUAUCAAAGCCAAUUAGAGGCAAAAAAGAAAAUGCAGAUUGAUCUGGAGAAAGAAUUACAAUCUGCUUUUAAUGAAAUAACAAAACUCACCUCCCUCUUACAUGGAAAGGUUCCAAAAGAUUUGCUCUGUAAUUUGGAAUUGGAAAAAAAGAUUACUGAUCUCCAGAAAGAACUGAAAAAAGAAGCUGAAGAAAAUGAGGCUUUGCGGAAAGAAGUCAGUUUGCUCUCAGAGGCAAAAUCUUUAUGCCCUGAAGUAGAGAUGCUAAGGAAAGAGAUACAUGAUAAAUCUGAAGAGCUUUGUAUGAUAACAUCAGAAAAAGACAAAUUGUUUUCUGAAGUUGUUCAUAAGGAAGAUAGAAUUCAAGGUUUACUUGACGAAAUUGGUAAAAUUAAAGAUGACUUAACAACUGCCCAGUUGAAUUAUAAAAGUACUGAUCAAGAAUUCCAAGAUUUCAAAACCUUCCAUAUGGAAUUUGAGCAAAAGUACAAGAUGGUCCUUGAGGAGAAUGAGAGAAUGAACCAGGAAAUGGGAAAUCUCUCUAAAGAAGCACAAAACUUUGGCCUAAGUCUGGAUGCUUUGAAGACAGAGCUUUCUCAUAAGACUCAAGAACUUCAGCAGAAGACAUUUGAGUGUCACGAAAGGUUAAAUGAGGUGGAACAGCUGAAGGAACAAUUAGAAAAGGCAGACUCUGUGCUGCAAACUGUAGAAAAGGAAAAUACACUGAUUACUGAGAAACUUCAGCAAACCUCAGAAGAAGUAAAAGUUUUAACCCAAGAAAGAGAUGACCUAAAACAACUCCAAGAGACCCUGCAAACUGAGAGGGACCAACUCAAAAGUGACAUUCAGGAUACUGUAAACAUGAAUAUAGACACUCAAGAACAAUUACGAAAUGCUCUAGAGUCUUUGAAACAGCACCAAGAAACAAUUAGCACACUGAAGUUAAAAAUUUCUGAGGAAACCUCCAGGAAUUUGCAUGUAGUGGAAAACAUAGAAGAAACUAAAGAUGAAGUUCAGCAAAAGAUGGUUGGCACAGAUGAAAAAGAGAAUUUGGAGAAUUCUAAAAAGACUCAAACACUGACUGCAGAUGUUAAGGAUAAUGAGGUAAUUGAGCAACAGAGAAAAAUAUUUUCUUUAAUACAAGAAAAGAAUGAACUCCAACAAAUGUUAGAGAGUAUUACAGCGGAAAAGGAACAACUGAAGACGGACCUAAAGGAAAACAUUGAAAUGACCAUUGAAAACCAAGAAGAAUUAAGAAUUCUUAGAGAUGAACUUAAAAAGCAACAAGAAAUAGUUGCUCAGGAAAAGAACCACUCCAUAAAGCAAGAAGAAGAGGAACUUUCUAGGACCUAUAAGAGACUGGCAGAGGUUGAAGAAAACCUGAAAGAAAAGAGCCAGCAACUCCAAGAAAAACAGCAACAACUUCUUAGUGUACAGGAAGAGAUGAGUGAGUUGCAGAAAAAGGUAAAUGAAAUGGAGAAUUUAAAGAACAAAUUAAAGAGUCAAGAAUUAACCAUGGAACGUAUGGAAACAGAGCGGCUUGAGUUGGCCGAGAAACUUCGUGAAAAUUAUGAGGAAAUGAAAUCAAUAACCAAAGAAAGAAAUGAUCUGAAGGAAUUACAGGAGUCAUUUGAAACAGAGAGAGACCAGCUUAAAGGAUAUAUAAGAGAAAUUGAAGCUACGGGCCUGCAGACAACAGAAGAACUAAAAAUUGCUCAUAUGCAUCUAAAAGACCACCAAGAAACUAUUAAUGAGCUAAAAAGAAGCAUUUCUGAGAAGACAGCUCAAAUAAUAAAUAUGCAGAAGGACUUAGAAAAAUCCAAUACCGAGUCCCAAGAGAAGAAUCCAGGGCUUCGCGAUGAACAGGAGCUGUUUCCUAAUGAGAUCAUAGUCAGCGAGACUCAGGAAACAAUAAAUGAAUUGGAGUUACUGAGAGAACAAUCCACAACCCAGGACUCGGCACCACUUGUAAGCAUAGAAAUGGAAAGGCUCAAGUUGACCGAGAAACUUCAAGAAAGUCAUGAAGAAAUAAAGUCUCUAAGUAAGGAAAGAGACAACCUUCAAAUGAUAAAAGAAGCGCUUGAAGUUGAAUAUGAGCGGCUGAAGGCAGACAUUAGAGAAACUCUGGCUAAAGUCCAAGAGUCUCAAGAUAAACAUGAACAGUCUUUCAAUAUGAAAGAAAGAAACAAUCAGGCUCUUAAAAUAACAAAUGAGAUGGAGCAAUUGAAGGAAGAAUUCAAAGCCAAACACUCAGCACUACAAAGAAUAGAAACGGAAAAGCUCAAGUUGUCCCAGAGACUUCAAGAAAGCCAUGAUGAAGUGAAUUCCAUAGCUAAGGAGAGAGAUGACUUACAGAGAAUGCAAGAAGCUCUUCAGUCUGAGAGGGACCAACUCAGAGAAAACAUACGAGAAGCUGUAGCUAAACACCUGGAAAUUGAAGAGGAACUGAAAAUUGCUCAUUGUUGCCUGAAAGAACGAGAGGAAACUAUUGAUAAAUUGAGAGUGGCUCUUUCAGAGAAGGACACUGAAAUAUCAAGCAUUCAAAACAAAUUGGAAACAGCCAGUGAUGAAUUACAGAAAAAGAUCCAAGAGCUUUAUGAGAAACAAGAACAAAUUAGUGUAAAAGAAAUUAGUGAGUCUUAAGAAAAAAUGAGUGAACUGGAACAAUUCAAGCAGUAUCUCAAAGCCAAAGGUUCUGCAUUACAAAAUUUAGAGAAUGAUAGGCUCAAAUUGAUUAAGAAAAAACAAGAAGAACUAAAAAUUGCUCUCACACUUCUGAAAGAACACCAAGAAACUACUGAUCGACUCAAAGAGAUUGUUUCACAGAAAACAGAUGAAGUAUCAAAUAUGCAAAUAGAGUUAGAAAACUCAAAUGCUGCCUUAAAAGCACAGAUCCAUGAACUUCAGGAGAAAGACCAUCAACUUCUUAAAGUAAAAAAUGAUCUCGAGGAAACUAUGUAUCAAACAGAGAAAGUGAAAAGACAAUUAGAGACCCAGAAUUCAGCUCUGGCAAGUAUAGAAAUGGAAAAAUUAAGAUUGACUGAGAAACUCCAUCAAAACCUUGAGGAAAUAAGAUUUGCUACUAGGGAAAAUGAUAGCCUAAGAAGAGCAGAGGAAACUCUCCAAAUGGAGCGAGACCAGCUUAAGGAAAGUCUUAGAGAAACAGAAGCUAACGUAAAACAAGGGGAAAGAAAGCCUACAGUUCUGACACCAAAAGCAUACAGCAAAAUGUUACUCUUACUAAAAAAAGUAUUACUAUUAAAAAAUACUAGUUAACAUUGAGAUAAUGUCACUGUUCUUAAAAUUUCUUUCAUGAUAAAGGCACUAACAAAACAAGAGGAACUAAGAAUUGUUUACAUGCAUCUGAAGGAGCACCAGGAAACUAUUGAUAAACUCAGAGGAAUUGUUUCUGAGAAGACAGAUGAAAUAUCACACAUGCACAUAGAUUUAGAAAAUUCAAAUGCUAAAUUACAAGAAAAGAUUCAAGAACUUAAGUCAAAUGAACAUCAGCUUUUUAAGUUAAAAGAAGAUGUCCGCAAGACACAGAAAAAAAUGUCUGAAAUGGAGCAAUUGAAGAAACAGCUCAAAGACCAAAGCUUAAUUCUGGAUGAAAGAGAAAUGGAGAACUUAAAUUUGGCUCAGAAACUUCAUGAAAACCUUGAAGAAAUGAAAUCCGUGAUGAAAGAAAGAGAUAAUCUAAGGAAAGUAGAGGAGACUCUUAAGCUGGAGAGAGAUGAACUCCAGGAAAAGCUGCAGGAAGCUCGAGCUAGAGAUCUGGAAACACAACGGGAACUAAAAAUUGCUCGUAUGUGUUCAAAAGGACAUCAAGAAACCAUUGAUAAAUUGAGAGAAAAAGUUUCAGAAAAAACAACUCAAAUUACAAAUAUGCAAAAGGAUUUACAUAAAUUAAAAGAUGAAUUACAGGAAAAGAUCCAAGAUCAGAAAAAAAAGCUUCAACUUCUUAAAAUGGAAGAAGGUAUUAACAAGACUCAUAAAAAAAUGAAUGAAAUGGACCAAUUGAAGAAGUAAUUUGAGACCCAAAGUUUAUCUAUGCAAAGUGUGGAAAUGGAUAAAUUGAUUUUGACUAAGAAACUUCAUGAAAGCCUCAAAGAAAUAAGAACUAUAGCUAAAGAAAGAGAUGAGUUGAAAAACCAACAGAACCACAAAGAGGUAGUAAAAUAUGAAAAAAGGUUACUAAGUGAUGGACAACAGCCCCUUACAGAAAGCCUGAAGGAAAAGUGCUUUCGGAUAAAAGAGCUUCUGAAGAGGUACUCAGAGAUGGAUAAUCACUAUGAAUGCUUAAAUAGAUGGUUUCUUGACUUGGAGAAAGAAAUCGAAACCCAAAAAGAGCUUUCAAUUAGAGUAAAAGAAAACCUCUCACUUCCAUAUUCACAAGCCAAACAGAUUCAAAAACUUCUCACUGCAAACCAGAGAUGUCCCAUGGAAUUCCACAGAGUCAUGAAGAAACUUAAGUAUGUGUUAAGCUGUGUCACAAAGAUAAAAGAAGAGCACCAUGAAACCAUCAAUAAAUUUGAAAUGGAUUUCAUUGAUGAAAUGGAAAAGCGAAAUGAAUUGCUAAUUAACAUACAGCAUCUUCAACAAGAUUGUGAUGUACCAUCCACAGAAUUAAGGGAGCUGAAAUUGAACCAGAAUUUGGAUCUACAUAUUGAGAAAAUUCAGGAGCUGGAAACUUCGCUGCGUGAAGCUAAAGAAAGCGCUAUGCAGAAGGAAGACAAGAUUAGAAAGAUGCAGAAAGAAUUCGAGAUGGCUGAUGAUGUGAUAACAAAACUCGAAGCCAAAGUUUCUGAAUUACAUAAAACCCAUGAAAAGAAAGAAGAAGUAAUCCAAGUCCUUCAGGACAAAGUUGCUUUAGGAGCUAAGCCCUAUAGAGAAGAAAUUGAAGAUCUCAAAACAAAGCUGGUGAAAAUAGACCUGGAGAAAAUGAAAAAUGCCAAAGAAUUUGAAAAGGAAAUUACUUCUGCAAAAUCCACCAUAGAACAUCAAAAAGAAGUUAUAAGACUACUGAGAGAAAAUCUUAGAAGAAUUCAACAGGCCCAGGAUACCACAAUGGUAUCAGAACAUGAUUCUCAGCCUUCAAAUAAACCUUUAACCUGUGGGGGUGGAAGCGGCAUUAUACAAAACACAAAAGCUCUUAUUUUGAAAAGUGAAUAUUUAAAGCUGGAAAAGAAAAUUUCUAAAUUAAAGGAACAAAAUGAACAGCUAAUGAUGCAAAAUAAUGAACUAUUAAGCAAUAAUCGUCAUCUUUCCAGUGAGGUCAAAACGUGGAAGGAAAGAACCCUUAACAAAGGGGUAACUUGUGAGAACUCUCCUAAGUCUCCCAAAGUGACUGGAACACCUUCUAAAAGGAGGCAGAUUACACCUUCUCAAUGCAAGGAAUGGAAUUUACAAGAUCCUGUGCCAAAGGAGUCACCACAAUCUUGGUUUUUUGACAGCCGAUCAAAGUCUUUACCGGCUCCUCAUCCUAUUCGCUAUUUUGAUAACUCAAGUUUAGGCCUUUGUCCAGAGGUACAAGCUGCAGGAGCAGAGAAUAUGGACCCUCAGCGAGGUCCCAAGCACACCUAUCCAGGAAAAGACGUGCCCGAGUGCAGAACUCAAUAA